UUUUAAGUAGAGCGAAUACAGUAACGGCUGAUUUGUUUACGUCGUGACGUAGCGAAUCACGUUCAACCGGGGGCGCGACCAAUGAGGAACGCCACUGCACGUAAAUAAAUGACGUCAAGGUAACGGAAACAAGUGCGGAGUGACAGGAAGCUGGCUUUACAAAAUAAAUCUCCAAUUCUUGUAAUCGAUAUGGCGGAACUUUGUUUUGAUAUCAAAAAGAGGGAAGUGGAGUGAUCUUAGUUUAUCGUGCUUGACGCUGGCGCUAAAAACAGUAGGAUGUAGCGGUACAUGUAUCGGGCUUCGCUCCACAUCAAUCCGGCCAUCAGGAGUCCCUCUCUGGUUUUAUGUCGACGCGGUGAGCCGGGUCUGGGGGAUGGGUGUUGGGAGGACCGUCAGCAGAGACGACUAACGUUUGAAAAAUGUCCAACAUCCUCGAUGCGGCGUCCAAAGUAAAAUGGGACCGCACGGCUGCUGCGAAGCGAGCCGUGUUUCUUGCGGCUGCCGCGUACGGUGUCAAAACACUGUACCCCAUCAUCUGCAAGCAGCUCUGCAGAAACACAGAUCCGAGGAGCAGCCAACGGGCAUCCAAGGCGGAGAACGGCUCCACAUGCUCGGGGAAAGGUCCUGCAGAUACCGCGGUGCACAAGAAGACAUCCCCGGGUGUGAACGCAGAAUUUUUUAAGCAGAUCCUGGAACUUGGUAAAAUCCUCUUCCCCAGGCUCGUCUCCAAAGAGCUCGGUUUGCUCUCCUUGCACUCGGUGGCGCUGAUAUCCAGGACGUUUCUGUCUAUUUACGUGGCCAGCUUGGACGGGAAGAUUGUGAAGACGAUCGUGGAGAAGGAGCCCAAACGCUUCAUCCUCCAGCUGAUCAAAUGGCUCCUCAUUGCCAUCCCGGCUACGUUCGUCAACAGCGCCAUCCGGUACCUGGAGUGCAAGCUGGCUCUGGCCUUCCGCACCCGGCUGGUGAACCACGCGUACCGGACAUACUUCACCGACCAGACCUACUACAAAGUCAGCAACAUGGACGGGAGGCUGGCCAACCCGGACCAGUCCCUCACCGAGGAUGUGAUGAUGUUUUCCCAGUCGGUGGCCCAUCUCUACUCCAACCUCACCAAGCCCAUCCUGGACGUGAUGCUCACCUCCUACACGCUGAUCCAGACCGCCAGAUCCCGGGGAGCCAACGCCACCGGGCCGACCCUGCUGGCCGGACUGGUGGUGUUUGCCACGGCGAAGGUCCUCCGAGCAUGCUCGCCGAAAUUUGGGAAACUAGUGGCCGAGGAGGCUCAUAGGAAGGGCUACCUGCGCUAUGUGCACUCCAGGAUCAUUGCUAAUGCCGAGGAAAUAGCUUUCUACAGAGGACACAAGGUGGAGAUGUGUCAGCUGCAGAAGUGCUACCGAGCCCUGGCGGAGCAGAUGAACCUGAUUCUGUCCAAGCGUCUCUGGUACAUCAUGAUCGAGCAGUUCCUGAUGAAGUACGUGUGGAGCGGCAGUGGCCUCGUCAUGGUCGCCGUGCCCAUCAUCACAGCCACCGGCUUCGCUGACAACGAAACAGCAGACGGACAGACGCAGGUGAUGGUGAGCGAGAGGACGGAGGCGUUCACGACCGCCCGGAACCUACUGGCCUCCGGAGCCGAUGCCAUCGAGAGGAUCAUGUCGUCCUACAAAGAGGUCACAGAGCUGGCAGGCUACACAGCAAGAGUCCACAACAUGUUUGUGGUGUUCGAGGACGUCCAGAAGGGUGUUUACAAGCGUUCGUCGCUGUCAGCCAUUACAGGAACAGAGAAGAAGAGCAAGCCUGGGAUGCACAUAGAUGGACCACUGGAGAUCAAGGGUGAAGUUAUCGAUGUAGACAAGGGCAUCGUGUGCGAGAACGUCCCAAUAAUCACACCCAAUGGAGACGUAGUAGUUUCUUGCUUGAACUUUAAGGUGGAAGAGGGCAUGCACCUCCUGAUCACAGGGCCUAAUGGAUGCGGAAAGAGCUCUUUAUUCAGGAUCCUCAGCGGCUUGUGGCCCGUCUACGGCGGCCGGCUGCACAAACCUUCUCCUCAGCACAUGUUCUACAUCCCUCAGAGGCCAUACAUGUCUAUGGGGUCGCUGCGGGACCAGGUCAUCUACCCAGACUCGGUGGAGGACAUGGCAGCCAGAGGAAUGAGUGACAAGGACCUGGAGGCCAUUUUGGACAUAGUCAAUCUGAAUCAAAUUGUCACCAGAGAAGGAGGCUGGGAUGCUGAGCUGGAUUGGAAGGAUGUGCUGUCAGGAGGCGAGAAGCAGAGGAUGGGCAUGGCUCGUAUGUUCUACCACAAGCCUAAAUAUGCUCUGCUGGAUGAGUGCACCAGCGCUGUGAGCAUUGACGUGGAGGGAAAGAUUUUCCAGGCUGCCAAGGAUGCCGGCAUCUCCCUGCUCUCCAUCACGCACCGACCCUCUCUGUGGAAGUACCACACCCACCUGCUGCAGUUUGACGGCGAGGGAGGCUGGCGCUUCGAGCAGCUGGACACGGCGACACGACUUUCCCUGACCGAGGAGAAGCAGCGUCUGGAGGCCCAGCUGGCCGGCAUUCCUGAGAUGCAGCAUCGCCUCAACGAGCUCUGCAAGAUCCUGGGAGACGACUCGGUCCUCAGAACAGCUGAGGAGUGAGACGGGAGGGAAAAGAAGGAGGCCCAGAAGAGGGAAAUGAAGAGAAGAAGUGAGGGGAGGAGAAGACGACGAAGAGAGUGUGAGAGAGGCAAUGAAAGAAAAAGAAAUGUGGAGGUGGUUUGUUAGCAUUGUUUUCUAGCUUUUUUUCUUUUUUUUUUGCCUGUUUAGAUUUUUUUCUUUUUGCUCCGAGCCUCUUGUCAAAGCUCUCAAUGCCUGCUAGUCUUUGAGCUCUCUCCUUUCUCUUUAUUCUUUCCUUCGUCUGGGGAAGUGGAGGGGGGAGAACGAAGUGCAUUCAGAAGCGUUCCUCCCCCUCAUAACGCACACCGACUGCAUAUUCAGAUUUUAAAAUGUGUUGCUUUUAGCAGACGUAAUUGGCGCAAUCAAUCCUGCCAUCGUUCCAAGUGGCAAGACUGAUGAAUUCAAAUAACCGAGAUAAUGAAUUUGUUUGUGAUAAGGCAGUUUUAGAGCACUUUACUCGCUUUUAGAGGGCUGUUUCUGCUUGUUGUGGUGAAGUACGGCAAUAUCUGCGUUUAGCUGGAAAUCUUUUCUUUUUUUUUGUUAAUGUAGAACCACUAUCCUGUCCAAAGCAGUAUUCCAGACCCGGUACACUGGGCUCUGCAGGAUCCACGUUUGUUUUUACCUCCAUAAUUUAGCAGUAGAUUUUUACUGAACCUAUUGCAGGCUCUUUGUUUUCAGGAGGUCAGAAGAGAAUAUUUUUCAUAAUGUCAAAAUAUGCCUUUGUUUAGUUUGUGUGUAAAUAGUCACAGUACAAUCCAUUUUCCUUAAACCUCAUCUUGUUAUUGCAGAGCUACUGAUGCAGACUCAGUUUGGUCUAUUAUUAGAACGAUUAGUGACGCAGGUCUGACUCCUAAACUAUAGGUUUCUGGUUAAUUGAACAAAUACAAAGAGCUGAAGAGGUCCUCUUCAAGGGCGAGCUGACGCUGGUAGUCCAGUCUGUCAGCGAACAGUCACAUAUAUGUACUGGUCAGGUAGCCGUUCAGACAACAUAACUGUCACAUACACGUGCACAAACUAGACACCUGUAUUGACACAAAACAGUCGCGUUUCUCCUCCGUCAGCAGUGCCGCUGUGCCCUGGAGGUUGUUUUGAGUCAUGUUUGGAUGCAUAGCGGUUCUGGACAGUGAGUUGACAUGCUUAGUUUUCAGUGCGGUGAAGUGUGUGUUUACAUGCACUGAACUAUUCCACAUUAUUUUCCACAUUUUGUUAUGUUACAGUACUGUAUGUGGAGACUUGGAACCUAAUUAGCUUCACUGUAGAGGGCGUGUACAUCCAUCAGUCACAACAUUAAAACCGCCUAUUUACGUUUGCGUAGGUCGCUGUUGUGCCUCCAAACCAGUUCUGAGCUGUCGGGUCUCUGUGGACUGGGCUUGUUUGGGGCUUGGUCAGAUUGGAUCUGCUGAAUGUAGAGGCUAAGUCAACACCUGUAGCUCUUGGUUGUGUUCCUCGAGCAGCUUUUGUGGUGUUGCAGGUGCAUUGUCCUGCUGGGGGUAGGUUUGGUCUGCAACAAUGGCUGCAUUCAUAAUCACAUGCUUUGUCUCGUUGCUUUAAAGUAAUAAAGAAAAUGUGCAAUAGCUGACAUGACAAAGAGUACAUACAGCAGGGAUGUCAAACUCAUUCCACAAAGGGCCGGUGUGGCUGCAGGUUUUUGUUCCAACUAAGCAGCAUCACACCAGACCUGACUGAUUUAAUCAAAUGAUCUCAGUCUCCAGACAGGUCAUUGGUCAGACUGUGUGCUCUAGGCUACAGCAUUUAGUUCCAACAUAUCUACAGCACACAGUCUGACCAAUCACCUGUCUGGAGACUGAGAUCUGUUGAUUAAAUGAGUCAGGUCUGGUGUGAUGCUGCUUAGUUGGAACAAAAACCUGCAGCCACACCGGCCCUUUGUGGAAUGAGUUUGACAUCCCUGACAUACAGUUUGCAUACAAAUAGGACAUGUUAUUUCAUCGUAAUAUUGCGCUUUGCUCAAUAUCCAUUGUGAACUGUAGUGCGAAAUGAGCAAAAUGAGUCAUCUGUCUGUCUUUGGUCUCUCAGCUACUCUAAGUUGUUCUUACUUCACAUAUGAGAUGUAACUGCACAGAUGAUUGUGGGUCAGAAUGUCAAGAAAAGCAAAAUUCUGUUAAGUUUGACCAAAUGCGGUAGGACAUCUGAUUAUUUUUACCAAGUACAUUUGACAUACUACAUCAUCUGGCAUACUAUGUAGUAUGAUUGUGUGAAUGUGGAUGGCAAAGCAACAUCUGCAUGAAGAAGCCUUUAUUUGUCGCAAAUACAUUUUACAGCAACAUGAAAUGUUGUUUUCACAUGUCCCAGUUGUGGUCAGAUUGCAGGGUCAGCCAUGGUGCAGCAUCCCUUGAGCAGGAAGGGUUAAGGACCUUGCUCAAGGGCCCAACAGUAGCAGCAUUGGGAUUUGAUCCUCUGACCUUCUAAACAGUAGCCCAGAGACUUAACCAUUAUGCCUGGAGCCAAGUGUCCCCAACAGAGCAUGCAUAUAUUCAGUUUUAUUUAUGCUACCUGUAAAUGUUGUGGCUGAUCAGUGUAUACACUAGUAGAAAGGUUCUAAGUAUAGACUGUAUAUAGAAGAUGUACAUAGCAACCAUGACAGCAUCUAUUGGUUUCUGCAUCAGGGUCUUGGUCUUUUAAAACCAGAUGUAACAAAUGAGCAGUAGAUCUCACCGAAGAACCCAAGAACAUUACCUUUAGUGAUUCAGAAACAAUCUGCUAAUUACAAGGUAGCCCUCCUCUAAAACAUACCUUAGUUUGCCACCUUUUUUAAACAAAAUCGGUGUGGAAUUAUAAAAAUGAACACCAUGCUGUGAUCAAAAAGUCUUGAAAUUAGUGAUCGGACCCAUUAGCUCAUUAGAUGAAUGUUUACAGAGGUAACAAAUCAAGCAAGCAGUAGGCUGGCUUCUCAUAGACUUCUAUCCAAUCUGACUUUUCUCCAACUAGGGCAGCCGCCCCCUGGUGGCUGUUAAAAACAAUGCAGUUUUAAGGUACUUCCACAUUGACUUCACUUACCAGAAACUGAGGCUAUGUCCAUCUUUUACGUACAGUCUGUGGUUGUGAGUGAGUGAUAAACUGCAGACUGUGGAGCUGAAUUGAUAAUAUUUAGCUGCUGUCAAAGCAAGAUUGUCGCUGAUAACGAAGACCAGAAGUUGUGAUACUGUGAAACUAGUGGUUUGUUACCUUUCCAUCACUUUCUUCUGAUCAAACAGUCAUACAUGCUGUAGUUGAGGCUGCUAAAGAUACUUUUAUAGGUCUUUCUUGUGGUUCAAACCUGUGGACAUGCUCACUGUGUCAGGAAUAGUAUACUUGUACUAAGAUUUAAAGGAAAGAGGUUUUUGUAGGAGUUGCUCAGAUGCUGCGACAAACAGAGAAAGCACAGCACUUCUCUAUGAAAUACUGCACUCAAAGCCCAAUCAGUGUCACUUCCAAGCUUAAGUGACGAGCACAGCAUAAUAACAAUAACAAUGAAUCAUCUCACUGAUUGUAACACCACUAUUUUGUUAGAAAACCUCUGUUUCUUAACACACCACCGCGUCGAAUGGACAAUCAGGCAAAUCAUCAGCAGAAUAGAAACAAAUGCAGUACUUCAAACUACACUUGGACUUGUUAUAAUCCUCAGAGAAAAGGCUAAACAAGCUCUGAUCUGAGUUAUGUAAGUACACAGGCAUUAUCUGAUCUGCUGGGGCACUUCUAAUGCAUGUUGCUGUGUCUGCAUGUCAAAGGUUAAUGGCUCCCCUGUUAGCCUGAGCUCUGAUUGCGUCCAAGAUGUAUCGGAUGCAACGUCUUUGCUCCACUGCAGCAUUUAAAGCGUGAAACCUCCCCUCAUGGCUUUUAGCGGACAGUCGAAGAAAAGGACUUCAGAGCAUUUGGAUGCAGCCCUGCUCUGCUCAGGACGACGGCUGCUAGGUUACUUAAGGACAAACUUUUAUCCCCCGAAAUGUGACUCGAGAACAAAAACGGCUGCUUCAGUUUUGAAAUGUCAGUGCAUUCCAUUAAAAUGUAAAGGAAUAAAUAGCUGGUGUGCUCUUGUGAAAUAAUCGGAAUAAUCGGACGGCAAAAGGAAGUUACCACGCUUUCAUUUGGUGUGCAAGAGAGCAUGGUGGGCAUUACUGCAGGCCUUUAUGACAGCAUCAUGCACUGGAGUCAAACAUAUGAUCUUGUCAGGCCGACUCUGUUGACAGGAGGGCAGACGAGCCGCCGAAUGACGCAGAGUCUGCCAAGUGACACGAGGCCAACUCUAAACAGUGCCUCAUAUUCAUGGGCAUGACGACAGCUUUGGUUAAUAGGGCAGAAAAACAUUAUUUCAUCUUGAGAGGAUGGGAUAAGAAAUGAUGAGGUGCCCUUUUAUUUGAGUGAGAUUGUGCUCCUGAUUCUGUUUUAUGAAUGUUCUUGUUUUCAGAGUUUGUAUACUUCAGUAUCCUCUAAUUCUGCAAAAAGACAGAUAUUAGCUGAAGCUAAACCCAACACCGCUGCAGUUAAAGAGCCCAUAUUUAGCCUUUUUGAGGAUUUUUUCCCCUUCCCUGUAGUUUGUCAUACCUGUCUAUGUAUGGAAAAAGGUCUGCAAACUUAUGAAGCAGAAUUAUUCUCUUACCUGCCAGAGAUGCUCAUAUGAAGUCCAGGCUUUUCUUCACACGUCUGCAUAAGAGCAUGACAGGAUAUUUGGGCUUGAUGCCGAUUUCACCAAGUAAAUAAGGAAUUUACAUUGACCAGUUUUACACAUAUAUGCACAGUAUGUAUACAUAAACUCGUAUUUUUUGUGUAUAAAUAAGAAGAAGUUUGGACAUUGACUGAAAUAUGUCUCCAAGCUGGAACCAGACUAGUUUAAAAUUGCAUAUUGUAUUCUAUAAUCUAUUUUAAAUAGCCCAAUAUUCAAUAAUGAUGAAUUUUUGUUCAUGUUUAAGUAUGUCAAAUAUAGCAUAGGUUAUGUGCAUGGCAAAACAUCUUCUAUCAACUGCAGUUUUUUUGGGUGUUUUUUUUAGCUAGCUAGGAAGCUAAUACUAGAUUUGCUCCUAUUAUUGUAGUAGAAUUAACUCCAAUCAGUUCAUGGUUUGAAUAAUAUUACAAACCAGGAGCUAAAACAAAGCAUUUCUGACAGAAAGUGAAACAAGGUGCUGCAGCAGUGUACAGUAUAAGGAAAAAAAACAUUUUUUGAACAUUAAAGCCUGUAAACAUAUUCUAGUAGACCCCAAAAUGGAAAUGUGAUUCCAUAAAUGAGUACAAUGUGGGCUCUUUAACUUGUCAAAGUCACAGCAAACUGGUGAGUAGAGGUAUACAUUGAUGGAUUACUACAUAUGAAAGAAAGGGAGGAGAAGGAAUAUUAGCAUCUGUAUCUGCCGGAUGCAUAAAAAGCCUCUGUUUACUGUCUGAAAAGGUGAUAAAUGGUUGCUUUUGUGUGUGCAGUUUGUUUCUGCUGCCCCCAAGUGGCCAAAAAUGCGUACUGUCAGUUAAAUAUUCCCUGACUUUAGCCACCUUCUUUCAUAUACCGCUUUUAAUCUGCAUUUUCAUGGUGAUUUGGCUUCUACAGUGGCACCUCAUCAGUUCUUAUAACAACAGGACACAAGGAAGUCUCCUAUUCUUACUGUCAAAACUUUGAUAGUGAAGCUUUCUCAUUCUAUCACCCCAAUUGUAAGAAAACAGGUUGAAUGUAUCCCUCAAAGCAAACUCUAAGGUCAGAGAGAAUACCUGUGGUCAGGUCGUAGAAGCUUCUUUUAUUUAUUUAUUUUUGAUUACUAAAUAGAUCAUUUCAUAAUUGUGUUGAUAGUGCAUGUUACAGUAUUUUAUUAGAGCCACAAUGUGGUGUAACACUUUAGAUUUGCUGUACAUGUGGUGUGUGAACUGGGAUUAUGGCGAAGAAAGAUGCUUCUCAGGCUGAAAUUCCACAUUAUUCCAGCGGUGCAGGACAGUCAAAUCGAUAUUUAAGUCAUCUCAUCUGGUAUCCAACUUUAAGGAUGUUACUGCAGUUUUUAAGGUGUUGAUAAGACUGUGAUGUACCACAGACCAGCAUGCAUUGAUUCUCCCUUAAAGCCAUGGAUUACUGCAGUUACUUCAUAAUUACUUUAAAGAGAGCUCUGUUUUAAAAUCCAAACUCCCGUUCAUGUAACCAUUUUAUAUUUUGAAUUCCUCUAACAUCAACCUAGACCUUCUUUAUUGGGAUCUCUUAGUGUCAUGUGUAGAAGUCUGUAUUCUUUAACCUCAACUUUAAUGUCAUCUGCUCAGAAAUCCCAGCUAAGGUCACUUUAUGACAAAAGAUGAAGAUGUAUUUUCUUGUAAAUAAAGCGAUACAGUGCGACCUCAAAAAA